UGUUUCCUCCUCCUCGGUGGUGGGGCAGCUGCUGCUGGGUGGCAGGUUGAGUCAGCCUUAGUCUCUCACUGCUUUUCUCCAGGUCCCUGAAACUUGGCCCAGGAGAGCUAGAGCCACCUACGAAAGUGUCCUCCCAUACUGGAGCCCUACAGGAAGGCACGUGUGCCCAGCUGGGGCACGGUCCCAGCUGAUGCCCCAGAGGGGGCACCCAUCUCAAGAGGGGCUUUGGGCCCUGCCUUCCCUCCCCAUGGCACAUGGGCCAGAGACUGAAUCUGAAGAACUGUUGGACCUCAGCUUCCUGACAGAGGAGGAGCAAGAGGCCAUUGCUGAUGUCCUCAAACGAGAUGCCCUCCUGCGCCAGCUGGAGGAGGGGCGGGUCAGCAAGCUCCGGGCCUCGCUGGUGGACCCUGGGCAGCUGAAGAUCCUGACAGGGGACUGGUUCCAGGAAGCACGCUCCCAACGGCACCACCAUACACACUUUGGCUCUGACCUUGUCCGAGCCUCUAUCCGCAGGAAGAAGAGUUCCAAGGGGGCUCACAGAACUUCUCACCUGAGCCCAGGAAACCAGGCUGUGGGCAGCGAUGGGGAGGCUGAGGCUGCUGGGAAACAGAACAAAGAGGAGCCAGAGCCCAGGCUCCCCACAGAUGAGGUGCCCCAAGAGAGGCUCAAGGAGACGGAGGGACCUGAUUUCCCAUCUCCAUAUGUCCCCCUAAAGACUUCAGAUCAGAAGGAGGAGCCCCAAGCCCAGGAAGGCGACCACUGGACAGCACCGAAGCCUGAAUCUGCAGGUCAGCAAGCCCCGAGCCAAGUGGAUGUGCAGGUCUGCGCGGAGGAGACGGAGGCGAGGCCCGCGUCGCUGGGAGAGGCGCUGCUGCCCUCCGCAGCCCAGACCAAGGCCACAUCCAAGAUCCUGGAGAACGGGGAGGAUGCCCCGGGAUCUGGCCCCUCCCUGGACCGCAUGCUCAGCAGCAGCUCCUCGGUGUCCAGCCUUAACUCCUCCACGCUGAGCGGCAGCCAGAUGAGCCUGUCUGGGGAAGGCGAGACGGUCCCGGUGCGCGGCUCCAUGCAAUUUGCGCUGCACUACGAGCCGGGCGCCGCCGAGCUGCGCGUGCACGUGAUCCAGUGCCAGGGCCUGGCCGCCGCCCGGCGGGGCCGCUCUGACCCUUACAUCAAAAGCUACCUCCUCCCGGAUAAGCAGAGCAAGCGCAAGACAGCGGUGAAGAAACGGAAUCUGAAUCCGGUCUUCAACGAGACUCUCCGGUACUCCAUUCCUCAGGCCGAGCUGCGGGGCCGCGUGCUGAGUUUGUCCGUGUGGCACCGCGAAAGCCUGGGUCGCAACAUCUUUCUGGGAGAAGUCGAAGUGCCCCUGGACACGUGGAACUGGGACUCUGAGCCUACCUGGCUCCCCCUGCGACCCCGGGUUCCACCUUCUCCCGAUGAGCUUCCCAGCCGCGGGCUGCUCUCCCUAUCCCUCAAGUAUGUCCCUGCCGGCUCAGAGGGCGCAGGACAGCCCCUGAGUGGAGAGCUGCACUUCUGGGUGAAGGAAGCUCAGGAUCUCAUCCCACCGCGUUCGGGAUCCCUGGAUACCUAUGUGCAAUGCUCAGUGCUGCCUGAUGACAGCCGGGCCAGCCGUCAGCGUACCAGGGUGGUGCGUCGAAGCUUCAGCCCCGUGUUCAACCACACCAUGGUUUAUGAUGGCUUUGGGCCUGCUGACCUGCGCCAGGCCUGUGCUGAGCUCUCUCUCUGGGACCAUGGGGCCCUGGCCAGCCGCCAGCUGGGGGGCAUACGCCUCAGCCUGGGCACUGGCAGCAGCUACGGGCUCCAGGUCCCCUGGAUGGAUUCCACACCAGAGGAGAAGCAGCUGUGGCAGACACUCCUGGAGCAGCCAUGCGAGUGGGUGGAUGGGCUUCUACCCCUCAGAACCAACCUGGCCCCCAGGACAUAGCCCUAUCAUACCCCUGUCUCUGGACCUUCUUUUCAUGGUCUGCCCUUAGGUAAAGGCAAUAAAGUCUGCUCU